GAUUUGCCUGCGUUUUAGCGACUCCAAAAGUCCAUAUAUCAAGGUCUUCUCCUGCUUUUAGACAUUGACUUCAAAGCAAACUCUAUUUCAAGAUGGAAGCGAAACAGAUUUCUCCUACCAUGAUACCCCAAGCUAGGUCAAGCAAUAUGUCGCUCGAGGAAAGCCCACGCAUCAUCCUGCAACCAAGGCCUAGCAACGACCCAAAUGACCCUCUCAACUGGCCACGAUGGAGAAAGAACCUGAAUUUUAUAUUGAUUUCCUAUUAUACCUUGAUGGUUUUUGCACUAAUCGAUAUCGCAACUGUGACCUGGGCGCCAGUGAACGCGGAGCUUGGAUUUAGCUACGCUUUACUCAAUGACGCUUUCGCUGCUGGAAACGGAGCGCUGUGUAUUGGCGGAUUUAUACUCGUUCCGCUGGCAUUGAAGUUUGGACGACGACCAGUUUAUAUCUUUAGCACUGCGGUUCAAUGUGGAAUGAGUAUAUGGUACGCCAAGAUGCGGACUAUACCGGAGCUCAUGUUGAUCAAUCUGUUAAGUUGCACGGUCGGUGCAUUAGCAGAAGUGAUGGUCCAGAUGACAGUGGCUGACAUGUUUUACUUUCAUGAACGAGGACUCAUGAAUUCUAUUUACUACUGGUUCAUGAUCACUGGAGCUACUCUAUCACCGUUACCUGGUGGAUUCAUCACUUCAAACCAAGGCUGGCGCUGGGUGUGGUGGUGGCUGGCUAUCUUGCUUGGAGCUGGUCUUAUUGUAUUCCUUUUCUGCUACGAAGAGACAAUGUUUACCCGCCCGACCAUCGAAAUAGAACAAAUCGCCAGCCAGCCACAAAACAAAGAGGCAGCCACAAACAAUGACCCAGAGGCACCAAAGAACGCUCCUCAAAUUAGCGAGGUGAUAAUUGAUUAUUCAAUUCCCCAAAAGUCUUAUUGGGAAAAAUUGGCGUUGUGGUCGAACACAUCAAUGCCUUUAAGUCAACUUUUCAAGCACACUUACCAGCCUUUCUUGGUCAUUUUCACUAUACCAGCUGUCUUUUUUAUGUCACUUCAAUAUGGAGUUUUGAUUUCCUGCAUUGUUCUUCCAGUCACCUCCUUGUCGUCAUACAUGACACUUCCCCCAUAUGAAUUCAAUCCCACCCAAAUUGGGUUGAUGGGCCUUCCACCUUUCAUUGGUGCUAGCUUAGGAACCUUGAUUGGUGGCUUCUUGAGUGACUACGUUUCUUUAUACCUCGCGAAAAGAAAUGGCGGUGUCUUUGAGCCCGAGAUGCGUCUUUGGGUUUCUGUCGCUUUCGCACCUUUUAUCCCAGCAGGCAUCUUCAUUUUCGGAAUCGGUUUAAACAACGGCGCCAAUUGGCUUGUGCCGGCCUUUGGUCUGGGAAUUGCUUGCUUCGGAGUUCUUCCAACAAGCAGCGCUGCACUUACAUACCUGACGGAUGCAUACACAGAUAUCAUUGCUGACUCAAUUUUGGGCGUGACUUUUGUUCGCAAUGCCAUCUUGACGAUGUUUAUUUUUGUUCUUCAGCCCUGGACUGAUAGUGUUGGAUUGACAUGGGUCUAUGUGACAUUUGGGCUCAUAACUACUGUGAUUCUCGGUGGUAAUAUUGGGUUCAUCUACUUCGGGAAGAAAUUCAGGGCCAAGACCGCUGCCAGGUACCAAAGUUUUAGUGAUCAAAAAUCAUAACAGACAGAGGUAUUGUGUGGUUAGAAGAUUCACGGAUUUUAUGAUAAAUUCGUGACUGAACUCUAAUCAUUUGAUGGUUUCAAUACUUUUUCACGAUACCCUUCUGCA